AUGAUUUUUCUAUCUGCCUCUUGCUCUCUCCGUUCAUUUCUAUCUGCCUCUUGCUCUCUCUGUUCAUUUCUAUCUGCCUCUUUCUCUCUCCGUUCAUUUCUAUCUGCCUCUUUCUCUCUCCGUUCAUUUCUAUCUGCCUCUUUCUCUCUCCGUUCAUUUCUAUCUGCCUCUUUCUCUCUCCGUUCAUUUCUGUCUGUCUCUCUCUCUCUCUCUGUUCAUUUCUGUCUGUCUCUCUCUCUCCGUUGUUCAUUUCUAUCUUCUUUUUCUCUCUCUGUUUGUCUUUCUAUCUCUCUCUCUCUCUCCGUUCAUUUCUGUCUGUCUCUCUCUCUCUCUCUCUCUGUUCAUUUUCAUUUUAAUUCUCUCUCUCUCUGUUCAUUUCUCUCUCUGUCUCUGUUCUCUUUUCUGUCUCUCUUCUGUUCUCUCUCUCUCUCUCAUUCUCAUUUCUCUCUCUCUCUCAUUUGUUGUUUCUCUCUCUCUCUCUCUGUUCAUUUCUCUCUCUCUCUCUCUGUUCAUUUCUCUCUCUCUCUCUUCAUUUUUUUCUCUCUCUCUUUCAUUUCAUUCUCUUUCUCUCUCUCUCUCUCUGUUCAUUUCUGUCUCUCUCUCUCUGUUCAUUUCUGUCUCUCUCUCUCUGUUCAUUUCUGUCUCUCUCUCUCUGUUCAUUUCCUUCUCUUUCUCUCUCUUUCUCUUUUUUCUCUUCUUUCUCUCUCUCUCUGUUCAUUUCUCAUUUCUCUCUCUCUCUUUUUCAUUUCUGUCUCUCUCUCUCUGUUCUUUUUCAUUCUCUCUCUCUCUUUGUUCAUUUUCUCUUUCUUUCUCUCUCUUUUCAUUUCUGUCUGCCUCUCUCUUCUCUCUCAUUUCAUUUCUGUUUGCCUCUUUCUCUCUCCGUUCAUUUCUGUCUGCCUCUUUCUCUCUCUUUCUUUCAUUUCUGUCUUUCCUCUUUCUCUCUUUCUUUUUUUUUUCUGUCUGUCUCUCUCUCUCUCUUUCAUUUCUUUUCUUUCUCUCUCUCUCUCUUUUUUUUCUCUCUCUCUCUCUCUCUCUGUUCUUUUUUUCUUUCUCUCUCUCUCUCUCUCUCUCUGUUCAUUUCUGUCUGUCUCUCUCUCUCUGUUCAUUUCUGUCUGUCUCUCUCUCUCUCUGUUCAUUUCUGUCUGUCUGUCUCUCUCUCUGUUCAUUUCUGUCUGUCUGUCUCUCUCUCUGUUCAUUUCUGUCUGUCUGUCUCUCUCUCUCUGUUCUUUUUCUGUCUGUUUGUUUCUCUCUCUCUCUUUCAUUUCUGUCUUUCUGUCUCUCUCUCUUUUUUUUUUUUUUCUGUUUGUCUCUCUCUCUGUUCAUUUCUGUCUGUCUUUCUCUCUCUCUGUUCUUUUUUUUUUCUCUUUCUCUUUAUUCUCUCUCUUCUCUUUUCUUUGUUCUUUGUUCAUUUCUGUCAGUCUCUCUCUCUCUCUGUUCAUUUCUGUCUUCCUCUCUGUCUUCAUUUUCCUUCCACUCUCUCUCUCUGUUCAUUUCUGUCUCUUUCUCUCUCUCUGUUCCUUUCCUUCACUCUCUCUCUCUCUGUUCCUUUCCUUCACUCUCUCUCUCUCUGUUCCUUUCCGUCACUCUCUCUCUCUCUGUUCCUUUCCGUCUCUCUCUCUCUCUCUGUUCCUUUCCGUCUCUCUCUCUCUCUCUCUCCCUCUCCAUUUAUGUCCGUCUCUCUCUGUCUCUUUGUUCCUUUUCGUCCCUCUCUGUUCCUUUUCGUCCCUCUCUCUCUUUUUUUCUGACUCUCUCUGUCUCCCCCUUUCUGUCACUCUUUCUGUUCAUUUAUGCCUCUCUUUCACUUCUCUCUCUCUCUCUCUAUGUGAUGGUGCUUUUCUCUCUCUAUUAAUUUCUGUCUCUUUUUCUCUUUCUGUUAAUUUCUCUCUCUCUCUUUUUUUGGGUUCAUUUACGUCUCUCUUUCUCGCUCUGUUCAUUUCCGUCUCUCUCUCUCUCUCUCUGUGUUCAUUUCCGUUUCUCUCUGUGUUCAUUUCGUCUCUCUCUGUGUUCAUUCAAAUCUCUCUCUGUCUCCAUUUUUUCUCUCUCUGUCUCCAUUUUUCCGUCUCUCUCUGUCUCCAUUUCCGCCUCUCUCUGUCUCCAUUUCCCUCUCUCUCUGUCUCCAUUUCCCUCUCUCUCUGUCUCCAUUUCCCUCUCUCUCUUCCUGUGUUGCUUUCCGUUUUUUGCUCUCUCUCUGUUCAUUUCUGUCUUUCUUUCUCUGUGUUCAUUUCCGUCUCUCUCUGUGUUCAUUUCCGUCUCUCUCUGUGUUCAUUUCCGUCUCUCUCUGUGUUCAUUUCCCUCUUUCUCUGUCUCCAUUUCCCUCUUUCUCUUCCUGUGUUGCUUUCCGUUUUUUGCUCUCUCUCUGUUCAUUUCUGUCUUUCUUUCUCUCUGUUCAUUUCUGUCUUUCUUUCUCUCUGUUCAUUCAGUUCCCUCUCUCUCCAUUUAUUUCCAUCCCCUUUUAUUUCUCUGUCCAUUUUCACCUCUUUUUCUCUCUCUUUAUUUCUGUCUCUCUCUCUCUCUGUCUUUAUUUUCAUCUCUCUCUCUCUCUCUGUCUUUAUUUUCAUCUCUCUCUCUCUGUCUUUAUUUUCAUCUCUCUCUCUCUGUCUUUAUUUUCAUCUCUCUCUCUCUGUCUUUAUUUUCAUCUCUCUCUCUCUCACUGUCCAUCUGUCUCAUUCUGUUCAUUACCAUCUCUCUCUCAUUAUAAAUCCCUGGCUUUCUCUCUCUGUUUAUGUCCAUGUCUCUCUCUCUGUUUAUGCCUAUCUGCCUCUGUUGAUCUCUCUCUCUCUUUUUAUAUCUGUCAGUUUAUCUCUGUACCUGUCAGUCUCUCUCUCUCUCUCUCUCUCUGUUUCUGUUUCUUUUCCUCUCUUAGCAUUUGUAGCUUUCAGUCUGUUUUUCCCCAUACACUGGCCUGUCCAUGUAGAACCUCCAUAUUUGGCAUGUCUAAUAACCAAUGAAAGACCAGUUCUUGCUGCUAACCUAAUUACAAUUCAAAACUUUCUCUUUGCUGAUUGA